GAAAAUGCAAGCUUUUUACAUCACGCGGCAUCUCAGUUCGGCUUCGAAGCACUAUUAUCGAUAGGGAGGCUCUCUGUAGCUGUCUGGGGAAACAUUCCUUCUCUGAGGCUGCUUCUGCUCCUCUGCAGCACACGCGCGCACACGCUUUGGUCAGCCUUGUUUUAAAGUCGACUCUCUUCACCCUGUUCCUUGCAGUCAGUCGCACGCUGUCAGGAAACCGCCCACUGCAGUGACACAUGGCAUGUCUCAUUGGCCUGCCUUCUAGCUGUGUCCUUCCUGUGUGUCUCAGUGUCAGUGUCUCUCUCUUUCUCUCCCUCUCUCUCUCCCUCCUGUCAUCCUUCCUGGUCGGCUCAGAGGCUCUGGUGCCUGCUUAGCGUCAGGUUCCCACAUGGCCUUCCCAGGCUCCUACACCGUGGCCCAGCAGAGCGGCCUUCAGCAUCUGGACUCCCUGCACUUUUUCCUCUGGUUGAAGAGACUGAAGGAGCUGGAACGUGAGAAGGACUGCCUUUGGGCUGGGCUGGAGAUUCUGGAGCAGGCCCGAAUGUGGUAUCAUCAACGGCUGGAGGAGAAUCGAGAGCGACACAAUGGACCUGAGCCCUGGGCUGAAUAUCUGGAAACUCCAUCUAGAGACUGCCUGAUUAGGUCUCGUAUCCAGAGAGUGAAUGGCAGUUUGGGAAAUCUGAUGUUUGAUCCCAAUGCAGCAAGAAUCCUGCCAUGCCUAGAAAGAGAGAACUCUGAUUCCAGCCUUCAGUGGCAGAACACUGUUCUGAUACAGGAAGUGAGUCGGAAGAGCCAGAAAAUCUCCACGCUGGAGCGGGAGAGGGACGGGCUCCUUCAGAAGCUCCGGGAACUGCAUCGUGCGUGAGUCGAGGAAUGCUCCAGCCGUUGUGUUCCGACACGAACAGUCGCACUACGGAAAAAUGACAUUAAAAGUUACAGAAACUUUACAGACGUGGGACAGGCAUUUCACUGAGGUGUCCCCAUUUUUACUUGUAUAUGUUUAUAUUCCAUUGUAGAUACGUAAUUAUUUAUAUAAUAAUAAUACAAUAUACAUUAUUAGUUAUAGAAAAAGUUCUCAAUAAAUUUUAGAAAUAACAGAAUGUGGAAUUGUUGCAUUUGUUACUCUGUAAAUACGCUUAACUUGUCUGCACUGUAGAAAUGACAUGAAGAAAAUCAAUUCCACAUCCCAGGCACAAGGGGGCAGCAGCCCUUCAGAUUUGUCCUAAGCAGAAGUGGACGCUCCAAGAUCUGCAUAGAAUGGAUUUAAAUAUGUAAGAAGCAUUUUAACCAAAGGAAGAUUCAUCCUUAUAGCUCUGACCAUGGCUGUAACCGAAAUCACAUGCUGCACACUACAAGUACACACUACAGCACCGGUCACACAGUGCGAUUCAUUAGUGUGCGAUUACAAAACUUCUUACACUUUCCGGUCACACUAUGUCACCUGCGAACUGCCGGACUUUGACCUUUAUUGACAUGUUCUGCAUAACAAGUACCGAACGAACCUCGGAUGUCGUGUCUAGGAUUGUGGGAUUGAAUAGUGUACAGUGUUCACAUUUCCGAUUUUGACCGAAUGCGCACUUUUGUUUCGGACACACUAUUAUGUCUUGUGUACUAUUUUGGUGCACAAUCUAGUGUGUGAUUCCCGAUGCAGCCUAUCAUCGCGCCCACCUGUUGGGACUGGUGGCGGAACCAGCUCGUGCUAUGGGCAGAAUUACCGAAUUACCAGCACUGAGGAGAAAGUGAAACAAUCAUCGGUUUUCUUGGUUGGGGGGCCUCCCAAAUAAAAUUUGCCUAGGGCCCCUGAAAAGGUUUCACAGUUGUAGGACUUUUAUUUUGGGUAAUAUUUACAUGUGUGUUGGUAACAUAGCUGGCAAAGUUGGCCCUGAAGUAAGGAACACCUAGCCUUGGAGGUCUGAGUGGGUGUUGUGGACGGGCUGGUCUAGUGUAAAACUGAUAAGGACUUAAUGGGAAGGGAUCUUUGCUUGAUUUAGAACUCAUUUGAGCCUAAAGAUUUAUUUCGAAGAUAAAAUGCCUGCUGAACCCUUUUUGCAGGUAUUGCAUUUUACAGCAUCAUUUUGGUAGAAACAUUAAUCCAAUUCAAAAACUUUGAUAUGAUCCUUCCAGAAGAUUCAAACAUCAGAGAAUGCAAACUUCUGAUACUGUGUGAAUCGGAUAAAAUGUAUUAUAACUCAGCUUGAGUUUUAUAUGCAAACAAAUAAGUUGUAAACAGAGUUACAAAAUAUGAGUGGAGAUUGUAUUGUUACUUAUAUUAUAAAACUAUUCUGGAUAUGUGAUUAAGUGCAGGCAGUUCUUGACUUAUGUAAGUAACUUCCAUAAGUCAAAUUUUACAUAAAUAGGAUUUUCCAUCCCAUAGCAUUCAAGACCCUUAAUAGCAAAAAACUCAUAAACCAAAAAUAUAUAAGUAAAGCAUACUAAAGAACAAAACCAAAUGAAAAAACCAACAAAAACCUUACAGGUGUAUGUUGCCUAUUCGACUUCUGUAAACUUUAUGUAUGUUUAUUUAUGUUUAUGUACAAAGGCCUGUUUUGUGUAAGUCUGCAUUCAGUUUUACAGGAGUCGAGUGCUUAUUUACAUCUUGAAUUUCAGCCAGUGCAGUCUGAUAGUUACAUGUUGAGAAAAAUAUGUUUCUACAGUAGGCCCUCUGUAUCUGCCUGUUCCGCAUCUGCGGCUUCAACCAACCAUGGAGCGAGAAUGUUUCGGGGAGAAAAAACAUCCAGAAAGUUCUAAAAAGCAAAACUUGAAUUCGAAACAGCAGGCGGGAGCCUGGCUGUCAGAGUUUCCCCUUGGCUCUGCCACAGGUUUGUGUCACGACAUGUAGCCGCUCACUCGCUUGCUCCCCCGGUGGUCCCACACUGACGUUGCCUCUCUCGAUAAGGAAUAUCUUCGCUCCCGAUCUGAGAUGCAGGCUUGGCUCUGAUGCACGCUUGCCCGGUGCACCACGUGCUCUGAUUGCACCACAACAUGUGCUUCCGAGAACCGCGUAGGUUCAAGGCCCCACGAAUGCACCCCAACGCACUUUUCUGUGGUCUCUGGCUCGACUGGGCUCCCUGUAUAGAACCCGCUCUGUUCACACUGUUGGAAUUGCAGAGUGGAUGUGUUUGCUGCUGGAUUUCGUAAUCAGAUGCUGUUGCAAUCAUCAAUAUUGUUACUGUUUUCUGAGCUUAUAACAUGGUGGCAUUCUGCUCCCGAGUACAUAUUUACCCAGGUCAUGCAGGCAUCUUGUUCAAACACAAUGAAAUUGUUGUGUGUGUUUGUUUGUUUCCUUUUGCUUUUUGUGUAGAGUGAAAGGACCGGUUAUGACAGUGUUUAUUUCCCACGAUUGCCCAUAAUCCCAGGGUGAGGGGGAGUGGGAGUGUGUUUGUGUGGUGAAUGACUGUGAGUGUCACAGGUAACUCAAGUGGCUAGAAGUCUGUACAAGCAAAAUCAUGGAGCUUGACGCUCAUAUAUGUUGCUUUUUGUUGAGAUAUGAACAAUGUGAAACAGAAUCCUUUUGUCUGUCCCGAAACACGAUUUCAUGUUUCAUCUUAUCUGCUCCCUGAUCCAGCUCUUCUUCAUAGUCAUAUCUUCAGGUUGACCAGCCAUAUUUGGAUCAGCCUUAAAUCAUAAUUAAGACCAAGGGAAACUACUUGAAUUUUACAUUAAUGCUUUAUGAUGAGAUUGAAGGCAAGCCAAUGAAGGAUUGUUUGGUCUUACUUUGAUGUUCAAGGCUCCAUUUUUGUUUAUUUUUAUAUACAGCUCUGGAAAAAAAUUGAGACGACUCUAUUUUUCUUUAAAAUGUGCUGUUUUUAAUCCUAGUUUAAUCCUGGUUCUGCUGGCAAAAGGCUACACUGCGAGGCAGGCUGCUUCCAGGCUCAAAGUUUCUAAGACGGCAGUACACAAGAACGAGGUGAAGCAGGAGACACUGGCAAUAACCAAAAUCCAGCCAGGCAGAGGGCAGAGGCAACUUUCUAAUGCUAGAGAUGACCGUCAACUUAUCCAACAGUGACUCAGAAAUGGGAGAAUGACCUCAAGUCACGUUCAAAAGGAAUGGGUGCAGCUGUGAAGUGCACUGCUAGGACGGUUCAUAUCAGGCUCCCAGAAGCAGGACUUUAUACUCAUAAAACAAGGAAGAAGCCCUUCAUCAAUUAGAAGCAGGGAAGAGUCAGGCUGGAGUUUGCAAAAGAUGAAUAUUUUACACAGGCACAUACCCAUACAUUGAGAAAUGAGUGAAACUGAAAAUUUUGCUGCGGUAUGUCUGCAUGUUUAUGAAUCUAUAUGCAUGUCAAUAGAACCGAUUUUACAACUAUAAUUCCUGGUUUAAUAAAAAUAUCAGUGUCCAAAGUGAGGCAAGAAUCAAGACAAGCAUUCACGUUUGGCCGUAAUGUCCUGGAAGUUUUACAGAAGCUUGAAAUGUACAGAGACAUUGCAGCUCGCACAGGUGGCUUACAAACAUUCAUAACUUCCUUUCGUGAAUUUAUACAACCUUUUGUAUUACAAGAAGCUUUAACGUUGCUAAGGUGGAACAAAGAUUUUAAAAAAAUGAAAAACGAUCAGUAUCAAACGAUGCCCACAAGCUGACACACAGCAAAAUAAAACCAAAAAAGAUUUUGGCGAGAGAGAUGGCGCUGAGGAAUUCACUAUUCGCGUCCGAUUAGCAUCUGAGUGAAAACAGCCAUUACGGAACAUGCUUUUAUCUAAGUAUCCCCUGUUCGUUCUCCAAAGCCAUUCACUGAACCAUCAAGCGCAGGGUACCAGAGUGUUAAUUAUUGGGUCUAAUUCACGUAUAGUGGCAAGUGAUCUCUUGAUGAGAUUUCAUGCUUCCCUGCCAGUGAAAAAACAUUCUCCCUUACCUGCAUGGUUCAUGGGAAGCCAACUCUGCUGGCGUUCCUCCCCCCUUCCUAUUUUCAGUUUUUUUUACGCCUAAUAGAUGAAAUAGCAAGUUAGGGUUGUGUCUCUGCAGGUCCCCUUAUACAUGGAGCGCAAACAGAUGAAUUGGGCGGGGGUUGCACUUUUUAGUUUAUACAUAAACUUCCUCCUGGGGGCUGAGGGAUACCUGGCGAAAUACAUUCCUCAAGACUAUCGAGUUCAUGUUUUGAAGUCUCCAGGUGAGCUUUGAAGAGCCGUGUUUUCAGACACCGACUGGAUAAAAGGGAAUUUUUGGUACUUGAAGCUUCACCACCAAACUUUAAAUUAAAAUCCAUACAGUUCCCUCGAGAUGUGUCUUUUAUUAAUUAUGCACAAAUCUGGAGUUUUAUUUCAUGGUUUUAUUUCAGUUGAUUUUAUGUAUGUAUAUAUUACUUUGUUGCAGAAAAGUACAUUUGUGAGAUUGUAUUUUAAUGAAAUUGACAUUAAAGUUGAUUUCAACGUUUUGUUUCGGCGUAGAAUUACCAAAAACUUCUACCAGAACGUUUGUAGUUCCCUACUACUGCAGAAACAUUGUCGGCAUUAAUUGAAAAUCACAUUAAAACCACAAAUUAUUUGAUGCAUGAUUUGAAUUAAGAUACCAUGAAAAUGUAUCUGAUGGUGACCAACACGUGCUGAAGAGCAAUGGAAGAACACAAAAUAAAGUUUUUCAAAACCUCA